AGGUCAACAUACACACAUUAUCUUCGGUUCUCUCAUAAUGUUCAGAUCUCUUCUCUUUUCCGUCCUUGUUUCUGCUGCUGCAUCUCAGCAGGUGUACUCGGAGUAUGCCAAACCUCAGGUUGAUAUUGCUCGUUUCUCCGAUAUAACCUCAGAUCAGUUCUUCAACCGGUUUCGGGAUUUCUUCAGUCUGGAAAAUGUCGGAGCUACCACCCUGGGACGUAUCAUGGCCUGGAAAGGAGAUUUGAUCCAACCUGUUGCUCUUUUUAGCCUCGGAGUUUUCGCACUUUACACUCUUUUCAGGAUUGUUCUGACCCUACUAGGAGGAGUUCUCAACCUGAAGGCCGGAUUCCUCAACAGGAUCAUCACCACUGUCUCUAACUUCAACAACGCACUGAUAGACAACCUCACAGGAACUGACGAUGCCGCCCCUGGCGGAGAAAGGCGGAAGAGAGAGAUAAUGGAACUGGCGCAGACAGUAAUGAAUGCUAUCACCAAGUUUGAUUAAAUCUGGAACAUAUGAACCCUGCAACUGUAUUUAUUAACUCUUUUACUAUGCAUACACUUGUUUUAUGUUAUACAUUAUGAAUGACUGUAUAUACUAAUAAAUUUUUGUACUAUUAA